AACAACCAGAGAGCGACUCGAGAAUCUCUCUCCUUCAAGAACCGCAUUAUUUGGUCGUCAUGGAGAAGGACCCAAUAUCCUGCUCUGACGAAACCACCGAGAUGGAAGUGAACAGAGUGAAACUGAAGGAUAAAGCACUUAAGAAAGCCCUUAAAAAGAGAAAGAAAAGAGAAAAGGUACUGAAAAAGAGACUCAAGAAGUGCAAGAAGCAGGCAAGAGAAAAGCAAAAAAAGUCCAUCAAAAAGAAAGUGAAGAAACUGAAGAAGAAGUUAAAAAAGCUGAAGAAAGACAGGAAGAAAGAGAAUAAGAAGUUGAAGAAGGAGAGCUCGCACGAGAAGACAAAGAAGGAUUCAGCUGAACAAGGAAAACCUGACUCUAACAAGGAGAAAGGGCAGAGGCACUCCAAGAAGAAGCCAGAAGUGGUGGAGAAUGGCUCAGCAAUUGGCCCAAGUGUCGACAUGAUGAUGGUCAACCAAGCGACGGCACCUAUGACGAGAGAGGAUUGGGAAAAGCAGGAGAGUGUCCUACGGCGUGUCUAUGAUCAAGAGAGUGGGAGACAUAG